UUCAACGUCCCUUGCUAGCAAAGCAGAGAAGAGUAUUUCCACAUUUUCUAGAGAGAGAAAAAACCUGGAGAGAGAAACAACACCAUCUAACUCUCCUGCAACUACUCCUACUACAAAGCUUAGGUAAGAGGAUAAAGAAAGGAACAAAAACAAGAACAACCAAGUUAAAAAAAGGAAAAACAGACCAGACCACCCCCUCUGGGUCUCUCUCUCUAACACACGUUUUUCUGCUUCCAAUCUUGGACAGAGCUCUCAUUCAUAGCUCUGGUACUCCUAAAAGAAAUUCUAAGUGCUUCUUGAGGGAGCUUUUAUCUUUGUCUCCGUGAUUCGAUUUAUUUUCUUGCAUAUGGGGUUUGUUUUUGUUGAGAUAGCUAUUGGUUUGUGAAUACAAGGGAAGAAUUGGAAACCCCAGAUAGAAAUAACAAGGAAAAGAAAUGACUUUCAAGAGCAGGGGAGAUCAGCAGUCUUCUAAAAAUGUUAUCUCCCAAAAAUGGACUCUUUUCUUAUGCUUGGCUUGCUUCUGUUCGGGAAUGCUCCUAGCCAAUUGGACGUGGAACGUUCCUGAGCCUAAAGGCAUCAACCGAACAACUACGGUGGAAGCUGAAAAACUAAAGUUAGUUUCAGAGGGUUGCGGUGAUGAAAUUUUGCACCAGAAAGAAGUGAAGCGUGACUCUAAGGAUAUUAUUGGGGAAGUUUAUAAAACUCAUAAUGCCAUUCAGACAUUAGACAAAACCAUUUCAAAUUUGGAGAUGGAAUUAGCGGCUGCUAGGGCAGCACAGGAGUCUAUACUCAGUGGCUCUCCUUUGUCAGAUGACUUAAAGAGGACUGGGUCAUCUGGGAAAAGAAGAUAUUUGAUGGUUAUUGGUAUUAAUACAGCUUUUAGCAGUCGGAAAAGAAGAGAUUCAGUUCGUGCUACGUGGAUGCCACAAGGUGAAAAAAGGAAGAAACUGGAAGAAGAGAAGGGUAUCAUUGUUCGCUUUGUCAUUGGUCAUAGUGCAACAACAGGAGGCAUUUUGGACAGAGCCAUUGAAGCAGAGGACAAAAAGCAUGGAGAUUUCUUGAGACUGGACCAUGUUGAAGGGUAUCUUGAGUUGUCAGCCAAGACAAAGAUAUAUUUUGCUACUGCUGUUACUUUGUGGGAUGCAGAUUUCUAUGUCAAAGUUGAUGAUGAUGUCCAUGUAAAUAUAGCAACACUUGGAGAAACUCUAGUUAGACACCGAAAGAAACCACGUGUAUAUAUUGGAUGCAUGAAAUCUGGUCCUGUCCUUAAUCAAAAGGGUGUGAGAUACCAUGAACCCGAGUAUUGGAAAUUUGGUGAGGCAGGAAAUAAGUACUUCCGACAUGCUACUGGACAGCUGUAUGCUAUUUCAAAAGAUUUGGCCAAGUAUAUAUCAAUAAACCAGCAUGUUCUGCAUAAGUUUGCCAACGAGGAUGUUUCGCUGGGGUCAUGGUUUAUUGGACUUGAUGCAGAGCACAUUGAUGAUCGGAGACUAUGCUGUGGCACUCCACCUGAUUGCGAGUGGAAGGCCCAGGCUGGCAACAUCUGUGUUGCAUCAUUUGAUUGGAGCUGCAGUGGGAUUUGCAGAUCUGCCGAUAGGAUUAAGGAGGUCCAUCGGCGGUGUGGGGAAGGUGAGAAUGCUUUGUGGAGUGCAACUUUUUAGGAGAUAGUGCUCUUCCAACCUCGGGAAGAUGAUACACUAAAGAAUCAGGUGUUUUGAGUCCUUUCUGUAUUUUUUGUGAGUAUAGAAACCAUGCCAUUAUACGCCAAUAGAGAGGGGGAGAAAAUGGAUGUACAUUCACGCCCUUGCCCACAUGUGUGUGAGAGAAAGAGGCCCUGCUUUGCGGACUUCUCCAUUUUAGUUAAGGAGAGAGUCUGCAAUAGCGGCCAGAGAAGGCAAGAGGCUGUGGACCUGUCACCACCCCAACAAUUCUUUGCCAAAUUGUAGGUUACAAUCCCACGGGCAAUCAAGCUAACAAUAAUACAAGUUCUGGCGGUGGCUUUUCCAGCCCUCAUUCGAUUUUGAA